UUUAAAUUGUUAUUGCGGUCUUGCCACUUGGCCUAUAUUUUGUUGGAAAGAUGUGCACUUGUGAUUGAGCAUACUUUGUCUCUCUCUACUAACAAUAUUAUUAAUGGUGAAGUGCAGAGGUCAUAGAUCAACAAUCUGAUGAUGUAAUAUUCAGAAAGAGUAAAACUUGUCUGUUAAGAAGUACUGUAGUUGGUUAGGAGUGAUUAGCUGAAUAUUGAAGUAGCAGCAGCCAGAAAAAGGGAAAGGGAUACCAAUGGGCCAUAGUUGCUGCCGCAAACAGAAAGUGAGGAGAGGCUUAUGGUCUCCUGAAGAGGAUGAGAAGCUUAUCAACUAUAUCACUACCUAUGGCCAUGGAAGCUGGAGCUCUGUCCCGAAACUUGCCGGAUUGCAGAGGUGUGGUAAGAGUUGCAGAUUGCGAUGGAUAAACUACUUGAGACCAGAUCUCAAAAAGGGUUCCUUCUCUGCACAAGAAGAGCAGAUUAUCAUUGAUGUUCACAGAAUCUUAGGCAACAGGUGGGCUCAAAUAGCAAAACAUCUACCAGGGAGGACAGACAACGAGGUCAAGAACUUUUGGAACUCAUGUAUAAAGAAAAAGCUCAUCUCACAAGGCUUGGACCCAAAAACGCACAACCUGAUCCCUUCUCAUCAGAGAGCCAGUAAUAAGGUUGCUGCAGGAAACAUGCUUCAAUCCCAACAACAACCAUUUUCGAUUAUAACAGUGAAUUUGCAGAUGACAGAUCCUUCCAUGGAAAUGAACCCACCAAUUAUAACAUUACCAGCAGCUUUUUCUCCUAAUGCCAUUAUUCAACGACCUUCAUCGAUACAGACCUCGUCGGUACCCAUAUUAACCUCUGUUGAUAAUCAAAACCCUAAUAUUCUCUGGACUGUCAAUGGUCGCGAAAACUCCCUUGAUUCUAGCAUUUUCCCUUGUGUAUCAUCCAUUCAGAACACACCCAUUUCUCCUUCUGUGACUCCAUCUUGGUUUGGUAUCUUAGACGAAAAUUGUUUCUGGGGUCAUAAUACUAUUGCUGAAAACUUUAGAGCUCCAAGAAUGGACGUUCUGCAAGCACAAGGAGAAGAAAAUAACCAAGCUAAUGAGAAAGUGGAUGUAGCAGAAGGUGUCCAAGAUAUGGAUGCUUCAUUUGACAGCUCUAGCUUUGGUCUUGAGUUUGUGGAAUCUACAUUUCUGUCUAGUUCGACGUGUGGGGAUCUCGGUUCCAUGGAUGAUCUUGCAUGGAACUUUUAGGCCUCCAUAUAUGUGUGUAAAUAUAAUGUACAAACUUUUUUUCUUCAAUUUAUUUUUAUAAGUU